UCUCCAGCAUCAAAUUAACCAAAAUAUUCUUUACAAAAAUGGCCGCAGCAAAGCUUCUAUUUCUUGCAGCUGUGCUCUCUCUCUUCUACCUCUCCGGCGCGGCGGAUACCGCCACCAGUUUCAUCAAAAACUCUUGCAAACCCACAACGUAUCCCGAUCUGUGCGUCGCUUCUCUUUCCGGUUACGCACCAACCAUAAAGAACAGCCAAGAACAGCUAAUCAAAACAGCCUUGUCCGUAAGCCUGGACAGAGCCCAAUCCACAAAGGGAUUCGUAAGCAAGCUCUUGAAAUUCAAGGGAUUAAAGCCCAGAGAAUACGCAGCUAUUAAAGAUUGCAUAGAGGAGACAAGUGAUAGUGUAGAUCGGCUAAGCAAAUCGGUGAGUGAGCUCAAGGAAGUGGACCAUAGCCGUGGGAAGGAUUUCUUGUGGCAUAUUAGCAACGUGGAGACAUGGGUCAGUGCUGCUAUCACCGAUGAGAAUACUUGUACCGAUGGGUUUGCGGGUCGGGCCUUAAAUGGUAGAAUUAAGGCUUCGAUUAGAAACCGGAUCGCUAAUCUAGCUCAGGUCACUAGCAAUGCACUGGCCUUAAUCAACCAAUAUGCUGCAAAGCAUUAAUUGAUAAGCUCCAUUUUUAUGUAUACAGAUAGUUUGAUGAGUGUUUGUCCUUUCCUUUUUAUUUGGGGGUUGGGGUUGGGUGAGGGUUUAUGGGAGUGGUUUUUAUGCAGGAGGAUCAGUAAUUAAGUGAAUGUAAUCCACAUAUUAUAAUGUGAUAAGUUUUGUUGGAUAUUUUGCUUUGUUGUA